GUAAUUUAAGAUAGAGAUUAACCCAAAAAUCAAAAUUUAAUAAAUUAAAUAUAAAAAGAAUAAUAGAAUUUAGAUUCAUCCAAAGAUAUAAAUAAAAAUAUUUAAAAUUAAAAUAAUGAUUCGUAAAAAUCCAAAUAUGAUUAAAAUAUUUCCCAAACAUAAAAACCACAAUAAAAUGUAAACAGUAUUUUAAAAAGAAGCCGACAUGGUGACAAUUAACCAAUAGAAGAUUAAGUAGAAUUAAUAAAUUAAACAAUAGGAAAAUCUGAACCUAUAACAAUAUAAACAAUCCAAAUGAAAAAUGGCGGAAAUUACACUGGAUAAUGGAAAGACUGUAUGCGAGAUGGUUUUGGUAAACACACAUGGCCAGACGGUAGUUUUUAUGAAGGCGAAUGGCUUUAAGAUAAAGCACAUGGUAAAGGAAAGCUAACACAUAUAGACGGAGAUAUAUAUGAAGGUGAUUGGAAAAACGAUAUGGCAAAUGGACAUGGAGUAUAUAUUCAUAGUGGAGGUGCAAGAUAUGAAGGGGAAUGGAAAGAUGAUUUAUAAAAUGGCUAAGGUGUUGAGAUUUGGCCAGAUAAUGCGAAAUAUGAGGGAAAUUACUUAAAUGGAAAAAAAAACAGUAAAGGUAUUUUAUAUUUUGCAGAUAAAAGUAAGUAUGUAGGAGAAUUUUUUGAUAAUGAAAUUUCAGGUUAUGGUGAAUAUUUUUGGUCUGAUGGUAAAACUUAUAAAGGAUAAUGGUUAAAUAAUAAAAUGAAUGGGAAAGGAGAAACAAUAUGGCCUGAUAAAAAAAUAUAUAAAGGGGAAUAUCUUGAUGAUAAAAAACACGGAUAUGGAAUUUUCGAAUGGGGUAAUGGUAAAAUAUAUGAAGGAUAUUGGAAAACGGAAAAUAAAAUGGGAAAGUAAAAUAAAGGUUGGAUAAUAUUACCUAGUGGAGAUAAAAAAGAAGGAAUAUGGGAAGAUGGUAAAAGGAUAAAAUGGAUUUCAGAAGAAUGA